UAUCAGCCUCCUCCAGUUAAAGUCAUAGAGCAUCGCUAAUUUGCAGAGUUUGAGGAUGACGUCGGUUACGUCGUUUUUUUGUUUUUCUUUUAAAUUGCAAGUCGCGUGCUCUGGACGGUGAAGUCAUCUGGAUGGCACAAAGAUGCGCGCGACUUUACAUCUCCGCCGUCAAAUCCAGGAACUAUCACUGUAAGCUGUUUUUUGAUGGGACUAUUUAAUUUAAAAUAAUUUCCCUGCUAUAUUUUGGCACCGAGUCUAGUCGGACUUCAUUUCGAUCCCAAACUGACAUGUAAGUUGCAGCUGUUGUUAUUAGCUAUAAUAAUUAUAGUUAUUAUUACAGAGGAAGAGGACCAGUAGCUUUUUGGGAUGGACUUUGCCUACAUUUCCAAUUCAUCCUUCAGUUCGCCUGAGAAUCUGGGAGAAGAAGAAGAGGAGUACAACAAUGUGCUCAUGCCCAGCAUCUUUGGUGUCAUCUGUUUCAUCGGGAUCUUUGGGAACUGUAUUGUCAUCUACACCAUUGUGAAGAAAACCAAGUUCUGCUCCCAGCAAACAGUACCAGACAUAUUUAUCUUCAGUUUGUCCAUCGCAGACCUCCUCUUCCUCCUUGGCAUGCCUUUCCUCAUCCACCAGCUCGUGGGCAACGGCUCCUGGUGUUUCGGUGGCACCAUGUGCACUGUCAUCACAGCACUUGACUCCAACAGCCAGAUCGUCAGCACAUACAUCCUGACUGUGAUGACUCUGGAUCGCUACCUAGCCACCGUCUAUCCCAUCCGCUUCAAACAUGUCCGGACGCCCUUCGUGGCCGGGGCAGCGGUGGCUCUGGUGUGGGUGUUUUCUCUGGUGUCCAUCACUCCGGUCUGGAUGUACACGGGACUCAUGCAUCUGAAGAACGGCUCAGUUGGCUGCGCCCUCCUGCUGCCCAACCCAGCCACAGAUACAUACUGGUUCACCCUCUACCAGUUCUUCCUGGCCUUUGCUCUGCCGUGGGUGGUUAUCUGUGGCGUCUUCUUUAAGAUUCUCCAAAACAUGUCAGCGACAGUUGCUCCCCUGCCCCAGCGCAGCCUCAGGGUGCGGACCAGAAAGGUGACCCGUAUGGCGGUGGCCAUAUGCCUGGCAUUCUUCAUCUGCUGGGCCCCCUACUACAUCUUACAGCUGGCCCACCUCGGAGUGCAGCAGCCCACCUUUGCUUUCCUGUAUGCCUACAACAUUGCUAUCAGCAUGGGCUACGCCAACAGCUGCAUUAACCCGUUUAUCUACAUUGUAUUAAGUGACACAUUUAAGAGGCAGUUCAUCGUGGCCGUUCGGCCGUCCCACAGGGUUUUCAGAGUGGCACCUGCUCUGGCUGAUGGCAGCAUGAGUCUGAGGAUGGCACCAGACAGCUUUCAACCAUCUCACUCACAGUCAGCAAGGGAGCUGCUUCAGAACAUGCUGCCAGUCACUGUGGCUGUGCACUGAGAUACAGACACUUAACCAGCAAACACUUGAGCUUACAUGAAGACGUACUGUGACUCUGCUGAUCUAUAAACAACGUUUAUGUGCCAGGUGGUGAUAUAAUCUGUGAUAUUCCACAGCAUGUUCGGAAUGAGUCACCCUUUUAUUCACAAUCAGAAAAAAAAGGAACAAUGGUCGACAUCUUGUGUGUUUGGUAAUCAUCUUUAGACUCAGCAAGCUACAGAGAACUGGGUCAAUUAUUCAACCGUAGAAAACAAAUAAUAGCAUAAUGAGCAUAAUUUCUCCCCUGAUGAUUACUGUGUUGUAACUUAAUUGAUCAUAAUGUACCUCUGCAUAAAUUGGUUUGAUGCAUUUCUGAUAUGCACUCGCAGUCCGUUCGCCAGAAGAAAAUGUUGAAAUUGUACAUUUCUGUAAAACAUGAAUACGUUACAUUUCCAUGCCGAAGGUCGAGGAUUCGAAUCCUGGUGGGGUCGACGUCAGCAAUGGCAUGCGGUCGCAAGAGGUUCCACCGACCAAUCGAACAGGAUCAGAUUAAUCUGAACCAAGUCCUCAACGAGGGCGCGUCUCAAGCCCAUCGUCGACAGGAGGUUCCAGAUGUUAAAAAAAAUGUUAGUUUUAUUACUGAGACAUCGCUGCGAUUCCUGCCAGGAUAGUGCCAUGAACAUUGGUUGUUUAUUUACAGAGACAUUGCUGAGUUUUCUGCUUUGACAGUGCCAUGAAAAGAGGAUGUUUUUUUAACAAAUACAUUGCUGCGUUUCAGGCUGUAAUAUUGCCAAGAUUUUUUUAUUUUUUUUUUUUACCAUGAAAUCACUGCGUUUCCUGCCGGAUUAAUGCCACAAAAAGUGGUUGUUUUAUUACAGACAUUACUGCGUUUCCUGCUGGGAUAGUGCCAUUAAAAGUCGCUGUCUAUUCACCAAGGCAUUGCUGUGUUUUCUACUGGGACUGUGCCACGAAGAGAGGAUGUUUUUAAACAAAGAGGCAAACCUCCCUGCCCUUUCAUGUGCCUACAUUAAAAGCCUAAGGCACAGAGAGCAGCAGCAAAGCCCCCCAAGAAACAGAACAGAGCAGCUUCAAUGACAAACAGAAAUGACAUUGAUAAGUCAGACACAACAUGAAAAGGAGGAGCUGGGGUGGAAGCAGGUUGCAAAGCAGCUUGCAGAGAAAGCAGCAACAGUAGGCAGGCCAGAGCAGUUUAAACAGCUGCUCCAUCAGCUGAUUGGGCUGCUUCAGUUUCAACAUACGAAUGCACAAAG